CCUCUCAUCCCUUUCGCCUCAAUUCGCCUGCUCCUGGACGGCCUCAGUCCCCCGGGAACAGCGACGAGCCCGACAAAACACUCUCGACCCGCGCGGUUCUUAUAUCAGAGCCGGCCCGAAGCUACCAAACACUGACUGACUGCUCGCUCGCAUCUCCACUCCGCCAGAAACUUUCACUCUUCAUCCCAUCGAUCCUCCGAACCAGCUUGUCACCCAGUCCUCUUCCUCGCCGUCUUCUGCACGCCAGACGGAGCCCGUUCCUUGCAUUGAACUGCACUCCCUCUACUCCUUGCAUCGCACGCCAUCCCGCCCCGUUCCUCGAUCGCGUGUGAGUUCGGUAGCCGAGCGCUCCUGUCACCCGCACACUUUUUUCAGCCCUUUCAGCCCUCCCCGCGACGAUCUCCCAUAUCCCACUCCUCCUAGGCGCACCCAUGAGCGCGUUGGCGUGAUCGGAUACCUGCCUGCCACUCGUCGACGGUCUCUGCACGUCGCUCUCCCUGCGUUUCCCACGUUCCCAUUCGUUACCAGACCGUCCGCCGCCACAGCUUUCGCUCGCCCAUUGCCUCGAAUUCUCCCACAGCUCGAAUUGUGCCAUCAUUGGCUCUCCGAACUGCCUGAACGAGGGAAGCAUCGUUUCUUUUUUCUUUUUCUUUUUUUUCGCUUUUCCCGCACUAUUGCACGUCAACCGGACCCCUUCUGCCUGCACCUGGCCUGCUCAAGAAACCGAGUUGCGUCGCACGACAUACGCCUCUUUCCAACAUCUCACCCUCUCCGCCCUCACUCCCUCGUGAUCUGGGCUGUCCGUGUAUUGUCACCGCUAUUUUCCAAUUUAGAGCCUGUCGUGCGACUCGACGGAACCGUCCCUUUUCCUUUUUUCUUGCCUCUGCGCCGAUAAUUCGCUUCAUCCAAGAACUCCUCACUCGUGUAGACACCAAUCCGCCAAGCUGGAAUCGCUCACUGACCCCUCGUUGCUUAUUCCUGGUUCGGUGCUGUCCCCAGGUCGUCCGGACAAGACACUAUUAUAACCUGCAGACGGUUACAUGCAGGGCGGGGGGAAUUUUCUCCCGCAAACGUGGGCAUCGAUCGGCAACAAAGGAGACGCGCUGACUCUCCACAAGCCGUAUUAGCCUGAAUCCCGUUCAGCCACUCAUCCUCACUCCAUCUGCGGGGAUUGCUAUUCUUGAGCUUUGCCGCAAUUAUUAGCGCUUUCGCAUCCAAAAGAAGACACGGGAGGAAAACGUAGGUGUCCUGCUACGCCCCAUCGCGACAGGGCAUCCUCCUGGAAAGCUAUAUAUUAUGACGACUAAUGCCAUAAACGGGCCCGUUCUUCCGACACCGCUUGCAACCCCUGGGGAUAACAACAAGCCUGCGGAUACAACUAUGGCCGAUCAGGGCACCCGGCCCGAGUCACAGCCUCAGGGUCAGAAUAACGGUGCCAAACCCCAAAACGGCCAAACGAAACCCAUGUCGGCCGCAAACGCGAAGGAUCCCUUGCGUCCUCGAAGGAAAAAGGCAAAGAGAGCUUGUUUUGCCUGUCAGCGGGCCCACCUUACGUGUGGUGACGAGAGACCGUGUCAGCGUUGUAUUAAACGCGGAAUUCAAAAUGCGUGUCACGAUGGUGUGCGCAAAAAGGCGAAAUAUCUGCACGAUGCCCCAAAUGAAGCCCUCAUGCCUCAUCUCCAAGGACAUUUAUAUACCACCCAGGCAAACACAGCUCGCCACACCAUGCCUCUCACCCGCAAUGGCUCCAAUUCCAAAACCAAUUUCUACCCUCAACAACAAAGCAGUUUCAACAAUUUCUACCAGAAUAAACCAGAUCCAACGUUAAACCAGCCACAAGUCCAUGACACCGGCAGACCCGACACCUUUCCGUCCCAGUCUCCCGUUUCGCCAACCUUCAACAUGACGGCCAACCCAGCAGCAUCUGGAAACCAGGGCCUACCCUCUUCCCUUUCUGCUUCGAACAGUAAUGCUUCAGGCCAGGCCCAAAAUGGAUUCGGCUCUGCAUUCUUUGACCCCAGCGACCCAGCCCUAUUUAAUUUUGAUCUUGCAAGUAUGAAUUUUGGAAAUCACUACGGUGCUUUGGAAUUCGGUAUGCUUGGACACAUGGCGACCGGCGCUGGAGAGACACCGCCAAGCGACGGUGCGACUCAACAUGGUUCUGUUGGCCGAAGUGGCUCCGGCACAUACACGGCCGGGUCAAAUUUCGGAGAGAGCCCUACGGGGCAGCCUUCCUUUCUAUUUGGCGACCCUACCAUUGGAGGCGAUUGGACAUCAUCUGUGAAUACGCGGAACAUAUAUGGCCAAAAUAUGAACAAUAUGUCAGAGACGCCGCACGCUUUUGCGAUUGAGAGCGCACCGGCAAAUUUUGCGAGUCCAAAUUCGAUAGAGAGUCCGCUACUCACAAACACCACAACAUUUGACGAUAACACCGCUCCAACGUAUGCCAACCGUGCCAAUAUCAACUCAGUGCCCUCGCAGAGACAGCCAGUGGUUUCAACGCCACAACUCAAACAUCUGCAGGUGGGAAAACGGAGACAACGAAAUCCUUCCGCCAUUUACGACAGUGUCAAGGAGCCUUACUCGUAUACCACGGGCUUCCAUUCCCUUACAGCUUUCAUCCAACGACGUUUUGCUCCUCAGAACACGUUACGGAUAGCGAAAGCUUUGGCGUCAAUUCGUCCUUCGUUCAUCGCCACGACGAAAACACUCAACCGGGACGAUCUGAUAUUCAUGGAGAAAUGCUUCCAGCGCACGUUAUGGGAAUAUGAGGAUUUCAUCAACGCAUGCGGCACACCGACGAUCGUGUGUCGACGAACGGGCGAAAUCGCCGCUGUGGGCAAGGAAUUCAGCAUCCUCACCGGAUGGAAAAAGGAGGUUCUUCUCGGCAAAGAGCCCAACCUGAACAUCAAUACCGGUGGGUCCUCCGGGGCCAUGUCCGGAGUCACCUCCAGGGGAAGUUUCACGCCUCGCACAGGAAUGGACGUCAACCCCACCGGCCGAACGCAGCCGGUAUUCCUGGCCGAGUUGCUGGACGAUGAGAGCGUGGUGGAAUUCUAUGAAGAUUUCGCGAAACUUGCGUUUGGCGAUUCGCGAGGAAGCGUGAUGACAACGUGCAAACUGCUGAAAUACAAGACCAAGGCGGACAUGGACAUGCUCUCCGGGACCACCAGCAGCGCUGGAGGGGAAAACGAACAUGGCGCUGCCGGAAACGGCGAUGUCAAGCCCGAAAACGGUAUGGGCGCGAGCAAUGGACAGUCGCAGCACUCGUUGCAACGACAGCGGAAGUGGAGCAGAGGGGGAAUCGCCGGCGAAGCAGGGAUGAACCAGUUAGGGUUCAAAGAUGGUAAAGUGGAAUGCAGUUACUGUUGGACUGUGAAAAGAGAUGUCUUCGAUAUACCCAUGUUGAUUGUUAUGAAUUUUCUGCCAUGCAUUUAAUGGCUCGUUCUAUUUCCCAUCGGGACCCUGUAGGGCUUGGAGUUUUUCUUUUAUUUUCUUUUUCUUUUUUUGGGGAAUCUAGGGAUUCGACUUCAUAUACACCUUUAUGGAUUAUGGGACAUUGGUUUAACUUAUUAUAAGAACGGGAGUAAUAGGGCGACCUACAAAAAAAAGGAAAGGGGAAAGGAGACAAAAAAAAAGAAGAUAUACGGGUUAUAUCGUGGGCCGCGGAGUCCGGAUAGGGUUUUCUUUUUCUGUCUUAUUCUUCUUCUGAUUCUUUCGCUUCGACACCAUGCCGCGGAGAUUUAACGUGUGACCCUGCAGCGCAUUGUCUCCGCCUCUAUGGAUAUAUAUACCAGCAAUGCUGUUGAUGCGGCAUGUAUACUGAAUUUCAGUUGCGUAGCUAUAUAUACAUGAAAAGAUAACG